AUGGAUUCACGUCUGCUUGACCAGCACUAUGGUCGCUCUCUGGGGUCGCUCGCUGCUGCCUUCCCGUAUCGACCUGGGCAUGCCUUCGAGUUUCCGUCUGUACACAACCUUUCGAACUCGGUGUCUUUCUCCAUCGACGGGAUAUUGAGCACCAACUCACUGAUAAAUGGUUCAAGCACCGGGAGCCAGAUGCUCGGAACCACAACGAUCACUUCUACCAACAACUCCAAUAUACAUAUAACAAGCAAUGAUUCGGAACACGAUGGUAAGGAGUCAAGCUCAGGAAAAAGGCGGCGAACGCGUACGAACUUCAACGGCUGGCAGUUGGAGGAGUUGGAGAAAGCGUUCAAUGAUAGCCACUACCCCGAUGUUUUCACCCGAGAAGCACUUGCGAUGAAGCUCGAUCUAGUGGAGUCCCGCGUUCAGGUUUGGUUUCAAAACAGACGUGCAAAAUGGCGAAAGAAGGAAAACACAAAAAAGGGACCAGGGCGACCUGCCCACAACGCACACCCGACAACAUGCAGCGGCGUUCCAAUAGAUCCCGAGGAACUUAAGAAAAAGGAACAUGAGCGGACGGAGAGGAAGAGAAGGAAGCAAGAAGACAAGGCUAGGUUGAAGGCACUGAAGGAAGCCACCAAAAACAACAAAGAUUUGGAUAUAAAAGGACUGGAGUCGUUGAAAAGUCUCGAUUUGUCGAGUUCGAAGAUGGACUUCGACAGCUGUAAAAGUACGGCCAGUGAAUCGUAUAUCAGCGAAAGGGACACGGAGGACAGAAACCACAAACACGAAGAUGAUAUUCUGCAGCGAAUAGCUAAAGAAGUAAAUGACGCAAACAGAAAUCACGAUCUCAAGGAAAAUAACGAUACACGGUUACACAGAGGAGAUACCGUGGGUAGGACGGGCCACGAGAACGAUGGCACCAUAGUGGCGGAGCUAUCCACAAAAAAAUCACCCUCUGGGCAACAAAAAUCUGCUUUUAGAAGCCCUUUUAGCAUCGAACAAAUUUUAUCAUCAGAUUCCUCGACCCGGGAAACGAAACUGAAAAAUAAUAAAAUACAGAGACUUAAGAGCAGCGUGGAGACUUCGGUAUCGGUGGGUUUGUACUCGGUGUACGGGGUUGCGCAGCCGAUUGGUCUACUCGUCAAAGGUGCCACCACGGCGUCUUCACCCCCGCUACCGUCUCCGGUAUCACCAAUAGUGACGAACUUGAAAGGGAGUAACGUAUCGGAGGAUAGACAGAGUUCCAGCAUUGCUUCGCUUAGGAUCAGGGCGCAGGAACACAAGUACGCCAUGAAAACUGAACUUGAAGUCCGCAAUUUAGUUUGCUGA